CUUUCUUGCCAACAGAGAAACGCUUCACCAGUUGAGUCUCUACGGUUCUCACUCUGUGUAUAAGGACAGCCCACUGGCGCCCAUGAGCACAAAUCUUUCAUUGUAGGCUACUCUUGUUUCAGAACAACUCGUAAAGAUGGUUGAAGUCGUACCUGCUGCUCCCGCUGCUGCCGCCGCUGCUCCGGCCAAAGCAGCAAAGAAGAAGACCGCGGUGAAGGCAAAGAAUGCCGGACCAAGUGUCAGCGAAUUGAUCGUCAAAACCGUGUCUGCCUCCAAGGAGCGUAGCGGGGUUACUGUGCCAUCGAUGAAGAAAGCCCUGGCUGCCGAUGGCUACAACGUUGAGAAAAACAACUCACGCGUCAACACCACCAUCAAAGCUCUGGUUCUUAAGGGAACUUUGAUUCAGGUGAAGGGCGCCGGAGCUUCUGGGUCUUUUAAGAUCAACAAGGAGGUUAAGGCGAAGAAGCCAGCGGUCAAGAAGGCAGCUGCCCCUAAAGCCAAGAAGCCCGCAGUCAAGAAACCCGCCGCUGCCAAGAAGACUACCCCAAAGAAGGUCAAGAAAACCGCUGUCAAGAAAGCUACCCCGAAGAAGGUUAAGAAGCCCGUCGCGGCCAAGAAGGUGGCGCCCAAGAAAGUUGUCAAGAGUCCCAAGAAAGCGGCUAAGCCCGUUGCUAAGAAGACCCCGGUGAAGAAGGCAACCAAGCCCAAAACAGUAAAGAAGGCAGCCCCAAAGAAGAAGUAAAUUCUCCUUGAUCUCUGCACACCACAAAGGCUCUUUUAAGAGCCAAACACAUAUCUUAAGGAGACCAUGUUCCUUAAUUGUGUGUCAUAAUAGGGAUAACAUUUUCAUAACGGCAUAAACGGUAUGCUUUUUUGCCAGUAAACUCGUACAUUUUAUCUGUAGGCUAUAUUCUGCUGUAAUAUAAAAUGAGAUCCAUAGCACAUCAUUGAGUUUGAGAUCUAGGGUACGUGGGCUUUAUAUAUUUAAGGUUCAGU